AAAAGUUAAACAAUUAAAAAACGUGUGUGUUUGUGCGUGUGUGUGUCUUUAAAGGCCUGCAGGGUAUCAGCACCCCAUCACUCUUGAUUUGUGUGUUUGUCUGACACGGCCCUCAGUGUUGUGAGUAGCUCAAUUACCCAGAACCCCCAGCGCUCUCGUUCAUUAGGAGUGAUGGAGGGAUGACACACAGCGGACAGCACGUCUGCAGCAUUUCCCACAAGGCCGUUCACUCGCCUCUCCAUCACACACUCCACCAUCUGGACCGGCAGAGACGGACUCGAGCGAGAGCUGAGAAAGAGCAAGAGAAGAAAAAACUGAAUCAAUGCAGAAUCAAAGUCAUCAUCAUCAUUCAGUUCACGUUUAUCUGUAAUGCGCUUCUCACAACACACAUCGUGUCAAAGCAGCUUCACAGAAAGUGCUCGAGUCCACAUCGCAGUUUAGAGAGACUGUUAUCAGAGGAAACUGUAAUAAAUCUGUGCAGCUUCCAGAGCACGACGCCCGGAUCGGGAAACCAAUGGAAGUCAAUGAGAGGAGCGCACUAAUAUAGUGUGUGUGUGUGUGUGUGUGUGUGUCAUGUCAGUCAUUUGCUGUAAUAUGAGCAUAAGAGGUAAUUGCAGAUUUCAUAUCAGAGCCCAUUAUGCCAUUUGAGCGCAUUAAUGUUUGAUGAGCGUCUGAUUACCUCCUUCCCCAGAACAGCUCCGGGAGCGAUGGAGAUCUGCAGGGCAUUCUGGGAUUGAUUCCACACACACACACACACACAUGUGUGUGUUUAACGUUGAACCACACGUCGAGCCCCUGAUCCUGAUGCUGUUAUUGGAGCAGGAAUCACACGCUUCACACACACACACACACACACACGCUCCUCUCCUCUCCUCAUGCUGGAACGGACCUCGGACUGUCUCUCUCUCUCUCUGUGUGUGUGUGUGUGUGUGUGUGCUGGACUGUAGUGUCUCGGAGGAGCUCCUCUUCCUCGCACCGGUCCGUCAGGGACUCCAGACUGCAGAUUGAUGGGAAAGGCGCUGGAUCCGCAUCAGAUGUUCCCGUAUCUCACCUGCUACUACAGUAAGCCGUAUGCCCCGCCCCCUCACCCGAUGGCUCCGCCCUCUCACUCGAUGGCCCCGCCCAGUCCCGGGAGCAGCUGUAGUGCAGUGGAGCCGCUCAGCCGAACCAACCUGUACAUCCGAGGACUUCACCCUGGAACCAGCGACCACGACCUCGUCAAACUCUGCCAGCCAUAUGGGAAGAUCGUCUCCACUAAGGCCAUCCUGGACAAGAACACAAACCAGUGCAAAGGUUACGGUUUCGUGGACUUCGACUGUCCGGCAGCGGCGCAGAAGGCUGUUUUGUCUCUGAAGGCCAGCGGUGUGCAGGCGCAGAUGGCGAAGCAGCAGGAGCAGGACCCCACUAACCUGUACCUGUCUAAUCUGCCCGUCUCUAUGGACGAACAGGAGCUGGAGGCGGCGCUUCGACCCUUCGGUCAUGUGAUCUCCACGCGCGUGUUACGAGACGCUAGCGGCGUGAGCAGAGGCGUCGGCUUCGCCAGGAUGGAGUCCACGGAGAAAUGUGAAGUUGUCAUACAACAUUUCAAUGGGAAAUAUCUCAAACCUCCUCCGGGCGUCCCAGGUCCGUCUGAGCCGCUGCUGUGUAAGUUUGCUGAUGGCGGUCAGAAGAAAAGACAAACCCAAAAUAAAUAUACACAGAACGGCCGAGCGUGGAGCGAAGGAGAGACGGGAAUGACACUCACAUACGAGCCUGCCGUAAUGCAGAACGGUUUCUACUCGUCUCCUUAUAGCAUCACUACUAACCGGAUGAUCGCGCAGGCGUCUAUCUCUCCGUUCAUCACCGCUUCACCUGUGUCGACUUAUCAGGUUCAGAGUACGGCAUGGAUGCCCCAACAUCAGUAUGUCAUGCAACCGACAGGGUCGAUCAUCAGUCCAGGACUCGAUCACAGUGGCGUUUCAGCUCCACCAGUGACCAUGAUGACUCCACUAACAGCACAGAUGAACCAGCUCACGCUGGGGUCGGCUGCUAACUACAUUACGGCCCCUAUGCAAGGAUCGUUCAUCCAUCAGUUGACGCCGGUCCCUCGGUCAGCACUUCCAGUAGAGGGUGUAUUAACAGAAGCUCCUCCACAGACGCCGGCUCCCUCGUCACAUGACGUCCACGUAACACAGCAACAGAUCACCGUGGAAACCAGUGACCUUAUUCAACCCUGCUCCUACCAGUCCAACGUCGUGAAGAGCUGAUGUACGCCAGCGUUUCCUUCUGAUGGAGAAUCAGCCGCUCCGCACUCGUGAUGACCUCCAGGUGAACGAGCAUCACAAACACACACUCCUCUCAUUCCCCACGGGACUAAAGCACUGGAGGACUCGCGGGGCGUGACGAGUAUUUCAGGAUUCCUCCUUUUCUGUUUGUUUUUAUGUCUGACGGACUGAAGCUUCUUUCCUAAAUAUGAAAAUAAUGUGUAGAUAUAUGAUGUAGAAUUAUAUGAAGAAGAACAAGGACCGUUUUCCUCGGAUAUUAAGUUUGCACAUCAUCAAAUUGUUGAUUUUCUUCUGUCAAAUGUAGGAAUUUACAAAAACAUCACUUGCCUUGAUUUAAAUACCUCUUAAGUGACUUGUAUAUUGUGUCAAAUCUGGUGUUGUGUGUAAAACAUGGUGGAACUGAAUCCUGAUAUCACAUUUUCUUCAUUUGAAGAAAAAUGAGGUCAUUAUAAUUUUCCUGAAUGGAUUGCAUUUUUACUUACAUUAUUUUUCACAAAGAGGAAAAAAAAGUACAGCAGUUUGCUGCAAUUUCCGAACAUGCUUUUUUAAAUUUAAUUUUAUACAUUUUUGAUCAUUUUAAACUUUUAAUGUUUUAGCCUGCUUUGCCUGAUGCAUUUCAAAUAAUUCUUAGAAAAAAUUAUGAAAAACUUUUGCAGGUUGUGUGGCGUUGAUAGUUGAACUCAACCAGUCUAAAGCAAUAGAAGAAAUAGUGGCUGUAGAUUUGUGUAGUUGUGAAAAACAGCAGUCGUUUCUAAACCAAAGAUGAAGAAACUUUGGCUCUGAAUAUGUUAAUGAUGAUGAUGUUUCUAGAGCUGCUAUUGUUGUUUUUUCUUAUUUGAAUAUUUUCAUUGUGGUAACCCAAAUGAUUAUAAUUGUUUUAUAUAAUUAAUGUAGAAUCUUGCACUGCAGUAAAUGAGGCAUAUCUGAUCA